UUAGUUUCUGUCCUCGGCUCGACGCGAAAGCCUGUCAAGAUGCUGCACUCCUCAUAUAAUAUGAACGCUCUGGACGCGACGCGACACUUUCACCUGUAAUGUCUAGCGAUUAAAGCGCGCAGAGGAACGAGUAGUUCUCGAAACAGGGAUCUUCAGCAUGUAGAAUGGACGACAAUACAAACAUCGCGUUUAAAACCACUGGAUGCUCUUGGUUAAGUCCAGUCAGUGAUCUGGUUGGAGUCCCUCUGGAUCAGGUGAAUUUUAUUGCAUGUCAGGUGUUUGGACUUGCAGCUGCAUUCUGGUUUCGUCUCUAUCUCAAUCCUCAGCAUGCCAGCAUUGAGAUUCGACAUGCUGUCGCUGCCCUCUUUGGAGCUUCAAUCAUCAUGUUUUGCUUUGGCUGGUAUGCGGUACACAUCUUCAUCCUUGUGUUGGCUUGCUAUGGAAUUAUGCUCAAAGCCAGCCUCCAUAAUGUUCACAGAUAUACAAUGAUUGCAUCGGUUGGAUACCUCACAUUAUGCCAAGUCAGUAGAGUCUUCAUAUUCAACUAUGGCAUCCUGUCCACGGAUUUCUCAGGUCCUUUGAUGAUAAUAACACAGAAGAUCACCACACUCGCCUUUCAGUUGCAUGACGGGAUGUGUCAAAAGCAGGAGGAACUGAAGGAGGAUCAGAGGCGUCUGGCAGUACACUCCAAGCCAUCACUGCUGGAGUAUCUUAGCUACAAUAUCAAUUUUUUGAGCGUCCUGGUGGGACCCUGCAGUAACUAUAAAGACUACGUGGUGUUCAUAGAGGGCCAGGAUGCUCAUCACAGGCUGAGGAGAGUGAAAGCCAGCAGCCCGCAGCAGAACGGGUGGGACAGAGUGCCCGAGCCAUCGCCUGUGAGGCCAGUGAUUAAUAAGCUAAUUGUGUGCGUUGGCUGUCUGCUCUGGUUCUUCAUCAUCACCAAAGCAUUCCCCAUAACCUACAAUGUGGACCCACAAUUCAUCAGUGAGGCCUCUUUCUUUAGCAGAUUGGCCUACGCCUUCAUUUCCAUCCAGGCAGCCAGACCCAAGUUCUACUUUGCAUGGACCCUUGCGGAUGCCGUUCAUAACGCAGCAGGGUUUGGAAUCAGUGGUGUGGAUAAGAGGGGGAAAGUUUCCUGGGAUCUCGUCUCCAACGUUCACAUCUGGCAGAUUGAGACAGCAACAAGUUUCAAAUCAUUCAUAGACAAUUGGAAUAUACAGACUGGUUUGUGGCUGAAAAGUGUAUGUUAUGAUCGAGCGCCUUAUUACCGCACGCCCCUCACGUUUGUGCUGUCAGCCAUCUGGCACGGACUGUACCCAGGAUACUACUUUACCUUCAUCACAGCUAUACCCAUCACCUUUGCAGCUCGCUCUGUGCGCAGAAAUUUCCGGCACUAUUUCUUGUCUUCCCGCCAGCUCAAGUUCUGCUAUGAUGUGGUGACAUGGGCUGCCACCCAGCUGACUAUCUGCUACACUGUAAUGCCUUUCCUCCUGCUGGCAGUGGAGCCCACCAUGCAGUAUUACAGGUCGAUGUACUUUCAUGUGCACAUCAUCAGCAUUCUGGCUAUGAUCCUCCUACCCAGCAAACCCAGGGGCUCCAAUCCUGAAAGCCAUGCCCGACACUCCAACAAUAAUGUGAAGGAGGACUGAACUCUCCUGUGUGUGUGUGUGUGUGUGUGUGUGUGUGUGGACAGAGAAAGCAGAAGCGUGGACGGACAAAGACCACUCUGUUUGAAGCAGUUACAAAGAGCUCAGCUGGGCCUUCACUCUCUGGCAGCCGGCACUGAGCUGUACACAUACAAACACAGCAUCACUUGCCAGGGAUGCACUCCAUUCAAAUACAUAAAGACACACUUGCUGAAAUGCAGGAACUACACGAAAAAAAGAAAUUCUUACUCAGUAUUUUUGUCUUGUUUUCCUGAAAAAAAAAAAAAAUAUAUAUAUAUAUUUUUUUAACAUCCUUAAAACAAGAUACAUUUAUUUGAAAAGCAAAAUGACAUAAGUUAUUAAGUCCCGUUUUCAGAGAAAUGUUACAAAAUUGAGUGAGCUUCAUGCUUAAAAGAAGAAAAAACUACCAGCCUAUGGGGUAAGAAAAUCAAAAGGAACAGUUUAUUCUUCUUACCCCAUUGGCAAAUGUUUUUUUUUUUUUUUUUUUUUUUUUUUUUUU